UCUUAUUUCUCUCUCCAGAAAGUUUGGCGGAAGGUUUUGGAUUCUCUGUAGCUAGCAGCAAUGGUGACGGUCAAGAAGACGAAGAAGACCCAUGAGAACAUCAACAACAGGCUCGCUCUCGUUAUGAAGAGCGGAAAGUAUACGCUCGGCUAUAAAACCGUGCUACAUACGCUCAGAAACUCGAAAGGAAAACUUAUAAUUCUUUCAAAUAACUGCCCGCCUCUGCGGAAGUCUGAGAUCGAGUACUAUGCGAUGCUCUCUAAGGUCGGCGUUCACCAUUUCAAUGGAAACAAUGUUGACUUAGGCACAGCAUGUGGUAAAUAUUUUCCCGUCUCAUGCCUCAGCAUUAUCGAUCCAGGUGAUUCUGAUAUCAUUAAAACACUGCCUGGUGAGCAAUGAGUGAGAUAGCCUUUAGAUUGCAAGGAAGUCAAGAGUGUAACUACCUUGUUGAGAUUGUGAUAAUUGAUGCUAUCUGUCAUGUACCUUCAUUGGCAAUUAGGUUUUGAUUAAGGCUUAGAUGCUACUACUAGUUCGAAGAGCUCUUUCAAAUUUAAA